AUGGAGUCUCGUCCGUAUUCCGAGGAGCAAACUCCGUCGAUGGAUCUUUCUGACCCAACAUCCCUCCUCUCUGCAAGGAGCGACAAGAAGAAGCUGAAGGUGGCCGGCAGCUUCGUACACUCACCUACCGAGCAGGGGAGUCAUCGCCACUGUGGGGACAGACUGCGGGGAUGUCUCAGCAGCUUUGGCCUGGCGAACUUCAUGACCGUGGUGGUCUUGAUCGAUGCGUAUUGCACUUGCGUCGACAUCGACGCAACCGCUGCCGAGACUGUCACGCCGGAGAUUUACACGGUGAUCUCGACGUUGUGCCUGAUGGCCUACACACUUGAGGUCACCGCCUCGUUGGCAGCAUUUGGCUGGAAACACUUCUUCAGCGACUGGAUGGUGUUGCUGGAUCUCAUCAUCGUGGGUUGUGGCUGGGCUGAGCAGCUUAUGUCGUCACUGGGCAGUGGUGAUUUUGCCUUUCGCACAGCGGUGCUGCGCGCCCUGCGUCUCGUGAGGAUUUUUCGGCUUAUGCGCUCAUUGAAGCGGGUCCGAGCUCUGCGAGAGCUGUACAGGCUGGCCAUCAUGAUGGCCACGUGUAUCAAGGCCCUCCUGUGGUGCUUUCUACUAUGCUUCGCGGUGAUGACCGUGUGGGCCAUGCUCAUGGUGGAAGUCGUCAACCCGUAUGUGAGAGAGAUGCACCAAGACCACGGCUUCUUCAGCAGCUGCCAUCCACAAUGCACGCGUGCGGUGUCUAGCGUGAUGGAUGCGAACUUGCUGCUUUUCAAGACGGUGAUUGCUGGCGAUAGCUGGGGGGAGGUCGCCGUCCCCGUCAUUGAGGAACAUCCAGUGACCGCCAUCGUCUUCAUCGGCUCUUUGCUAACGUUGGUCUUUGGCGUGCUGAACCUUAUUGUAGCCGUUGUUGUAGACACCUUUGCGGAUGCUCGGAUGAAUGACAUCCACAGUUUAGCCGAAGAGAUGGAGGACGAGAUCGAGCAUGAUCGAAAAGAGCUGGCGAAGCUGUUCAAAAGAAUGGACCAGGAUGGGAGCGGGCAAUUGACGCUACAAGAGCUAAUGGAGGGAGCUCGUACUGACUCAAGCUUCCAGAGCCGGCUAAGGGUCAUGGACAUUGAUGUGCAGGAUUUAGAGCAGCUGUUUUGCAUGAUCGACCAAGAUCGCUCCGGUACCGUGGAGGUGUCGGAGUUUAUCGGACCUCUAAGCAGGUGGGCGCAUGACUCCAAGACAGCUCCGCGCUUUAUCAAGUACAACCUCAUGCAGACCAUGAAUCUCCAGGAGGAACUUCACGAAAUUGUCCUGGAGGGCUUUCGGCAACUGGCUGUGCGCAUCGACAGCUUGACAGUGCCCGCGAUGGUCAAGGAAAACCCAGUGGAUGUGCGGGCUACCCCAUCCGACUCAGCAGCGCUUCAAUACCCAAGCUCCGUCGAGGGGGCCUACGACAUGGAGCCAGGGGUCCUUCAACCACCUUGCUCACCGCAUCCCGUGGACUUUCUCACCCCCUUGCCCCCGGCAUCUUCGAAAACAGAUGUCCUUGCAGUCAACACAAUCCAGGCCAUGCUCGACUCUGCGAUGGUGAGACUCGAGGCCAAGCUGGAUGUGCUGCUGGCUGGAAACCGUGCCAGACCCAAAGAGCCCAUGUGUUGGCAGGGCGCAGAAGACGAUGAACGGCUUGAGCAAGGCCGUCGCAAGUCGUUUAAGAGGACUCCCAAUGUUGCAACCUUCCAGAAGAUGUACAUGGAAAAGGGCCGAAGUGCGACGCAGACGGAUGAGCGGCCUCCCAAAAGGAGGAGCAGGCAAGCCUCCUCCGAAGAAGGGGCCGAUGUUAAGCCACCUCCACAGAAGCACCGCUCCACGGCGCGACAUAUAACUAGCUGCUAG